CCCUGUUCGGAGUUGAAAGAAACCGGAUGGUGUUGAACGUUUUCUAGAGCAAAGAAGCGACCAACGAGAGUGUGUCCGCCAUGUUCCGUGGUACUGUUAUUGCAGAUCGUCUUUGCAACGAUAGUUGCAGCAGCUCGAUAAAACGCAUACAGACGAUUCCAUCCUUGGUAUCUUAACCGUCCACGAAAUUACGAAGUAUUGUUAACGAAUCGCACGCGGGGGCAACGUCCGCGUCGUAACGCCGCGUGUAUUUGUCCGUCCACAUAAUUAAGAAAAAAAAACGAAACAGAGAGAGAGAGAGAGAGAGAGAGAGAGACGUAAAGAAAGUGGGGAUACUUUUAGAAGACAGAAAGAGAAAUCGUAUCGUCCGAGAUUCACGCGUGGCUGUUGAAUGUUUUCGGAGUGAAUUGGUUUUUUUGUUUUCUUGGAGAUUAUUAUUUUCGUUAUCAUCUCAGAAACGAGGCAAGGAAAGGGAUCUCUUGAGAUUAUUAUUACACGAUAAAGGAAUAGCAGGGAUGCAUCGAGAACGAAUGAAGGUGUCUCGAUACGAGACAACUUUUUCUCGUGGUCAACGCUGGAAGAGGCAACGAAUACCGAACUCCGAUCGUCCCACUGGACGCCAAUGAAAAAAGCGAAGAGACAGAUCGAGUUGUACGGGAGGCGCUGUAGGUUUUAUAUCAACCAGAUAAAUUUGCGCGAGGAGAAGGGACGAUGGCCGAGGAUCGAAAGAACGCACAAAGACUUAUCGGUCAGGUUCAUGCGGUGCGGCAUAGUUCACCACCGCCACCAGCACCAACAUCUGCAGCUACUCGAAAGGAGAGUUCGCCACUUCGUGGUCCUCGAACUCUCCUCCUUAGGCGUAGCGAAAAUGGCUUCGGAUUCACUCUCCGACAUUUUAUCGUUUAUCCGCCCGAGUCCUGUUGCAUGUUGCCAGGACACGAGCGGACAAGGAUCGAUGAGCCUAUGGACACGAUCUUCGUAAAACAGGUGCGAAUCAAUUCGCCAGCAGCAGAAGCAGGUCUUCGUACGGGUGACCGGGUGGUUUCUGUUGACGGAAUACCAACACGAGGUGAACAGUACGCCAGUGUAGUGCAACGUAUUCAACAAGCGGGUCCUUGGUUGCGUCUACUCGUUGUUUCAAAAGAAGACGAUAUCUUACAACGGUACUUUGGUGAAACGGCACACAAUCCUGAGACGAAUCAACGUCCACGAUUACGUUCUCCAGAGAGGAUCUCUCAAAAGCAAAGAAGAUCUAUCAGCAUGAUCCCAGGACCAUCGCCGAGAACAACGAGGCAAUCAUGGAUUUGCUCGCUUCCAGAUUCGGAGAAUCAGAAUACGACUACCACUUGUAGAGAAAGCGAGGAAGUUGUUUACAAAGAACAACAAGGUAACAAGAUGUCACCGUCUAUACCAGUGAUCACAGCGCAACAAAGAAGAUUCCUGCAUGAAACGAGUGUUCCUUGUGAACCUAUCGAGGAUAGAAUGCAAUCAAGAAAACUACAGCAACAACAACAACAAGCUAGAGAAGCCAUGGAAUCACCUCUCCAAUCAUACAGCCGCCCCUCUCCGGAUCAAAGGUUCGAUUUGUACGAUAGAACGCGUCCCGAAUCGAUUUACUCUAGACCGAGUAGCGAGCAAAUUUACGAUCGAAUUAAAGAUCCUAUUUACGAACGCGUUAGAUCAGGUGAAUCAAGCCAAUUUGAGAAAGAACAACAGUUAACGAUGUUACGUUAUCCUAUAUCCCGCGCGGAACCACAAGUUCCUAUUUACCGUCCCGGCAGACGCGUGAUAGCGAGACGAGCGAGCGAAGGCAGUGGAGGGACCGGACAAACAAAUGAAUCAGAAGUUCCAAAUUAUGGAAGUAUAGACGCUCUUAGAUCAAACGAUCCAAGUUCAAGGUUGAGUAUGGAUUCUCGAAGAGACUCCUCACCGAUCAGUAAGGGUAGUUUGUCCUCGUUCGAUUCUAAUUCGACCGUUACUGGAAACGAGUGUUCCGAUGAUUCUGUAAUCAUGAACAGAUUACGUAAGAGUUUCGAACAAAAGGAAGAAUUUUUACGCAGACCGAGUCAUCCGAUCGGAUGGAGUGUCGCGGAGGAUGCAUCGAGAUUGCAACAGGGCGGUAGUAACUCAGCUGUUAUUCAAAGAGAGUUUUACGCGAGACCGCAAAAACUUCAAAGGCAAAUUUGGCCACCCAAUGAGCAACAACAAAGGCAACAAUCACCUACGAGAAGAGUGGAAAAUAAAAGCAAUUGUAAAUCGGCAUUAACAAAACCGUCGAAUCAAAACGUCCAAAGGGUGAAGACGGAUCUUGAUUCUGAAUCGGAUUAUACUAAUACACGAAACGAUCAGAAUGAUGAUCGAUCGAAUCUUAUUGACAGUCAACGUAACAUCAGAGAUAGAUUUUACUCAAGUCUUUAUGAGAGUCAAUUGGGUAAAGAGAAUCAUUUCGUUUAUCCAUCAACUAAAACUAACGAUCAAGAUAGAUAUAAGAACACCAGUAAAUCUGUUUUCGUCAGCACAUUAUCUAGAAUACAUGAAAAUGCGUCAAAUUUAGCGACGAAUCAGCAACAACCUCAAAAUCCUCGGAAUGAAUCACUUUCGGUGCCAUCUUCACCAGGUCCAGAUAAAAGAAAUAAUGACAAAUUCCUGGUACCCCCGCAGGGACUACAAAUUGUUUCUAGACGAGCGAAACAAUUUGAAUCUGGUCGACUUCUUAGCGAUGAUGAAGAACCAACCAGUGAUCGAACUAAUUUGUACAAAAGUGAGCUGUCUAGAUUGUCUAACAAACGAAGUGUACCGAAUGUUGCUGUCAUGAAGAGAGAGUUUGAAUCGAAAGCAGAAUCACAAGAACCAAGAAGAAUACCUGCUAAUAGAGAGAGCAAGUCGUUAGAUUCCGGGAGGGGAUUGUCCGGAAACAGAAUAUUUCCUAUAGGCAGCAAGUACAUCCAUUGUGAACCUCCUGUCAACUAUAAAGAAAUUCAAGAAAUACCAACAAUGGAAAUAGAAGCAGUUCAUCUUAGGGCACGUAGUAAUAGCGCAGAAUCUUGGGAAGCUGUAAAUGGAUUGCGUGGUAAUACAAGACAUACAUGGCAAACAGGGGAAGAAGAAGAGAAAGGGAACAGAAAUGAUAACGGUGAUAAUAAAAACCAAAGCUAUGCAGAGUCUACUAGAAAUCAGCUUGCUUCUUGCGAUGAAACAUCAAACAAUGGAGUAAUCCUUAGACGACAGAAAAACGCACAGUUAAGCGAUGAAGAGCGUGCUAUGAGAAGAGUUUCCUACCUGAAAGCUACGUGGAGUGAACGAAUGCACGUUGAUAGUGAUUUAGAUCUUAGUGAUACUGAACCUGUUCACGUUCUCCGAAGUGCACAUAGACGAUGGAGACCACCGUUAUUUACAAGUGACAUAACGCCGUUAAGACGAAUCUUUGAGGAUAUGACGCAGUCUACAAAUCUUCAUCGACAUUCUCUUCGUAACAGUAUCGCAAGUACCACAGAUAGUAGCAAUGAAGCUCCGAAGGAAGUUGAACCAGUUGAACGAGAAGGCAUACUUCACAUUAAGUUUACAGUGCUCGAUGGCAAGCGAUCUUCUGAUCGUUCCUGGAAGCAAAUUUGGGGUGUUCUUCGAGGUCCAAUUUUAUUCUUUUAUAAGGAUCGUCACAGUCAGAGCCCUUCAUCGGUUAACGAUACUGAAGGUACUGUACAAAAUAUUGAUGUAAGGUGUUCAUUGGUGGAUAUUGCUGAGGAUUACACUAAACGAAAACAUGUAUUACGAGUGGUAAAUCCUACAGCAGAAGUGCUUUUACAAAUGGAAGAUGCAGCUUCGAUGGCUCUUUGGCUACGAUCACUUCAUAAGUAUGCUGCUACUGAAAAGCCAUUGGAUAUUACAUCUAGUACUUCGAAACAACAAGCAGUACCACAAACUCCCGGACCAACUACACCCAGUGUUGCCUCUGUUCAAAAUGCUAAUCAAAGACUGAGUCCUUUACCCAGCCAUAAAGGUAUCAAGAAGUUAACAUCUUUCAGAAACAGAUCACCGACUGGGCAAUCGCCAGUGAAUAAAACAAGAAAGCCAAGUCAAAUUGUGGAACCUCUUUCAUCUCCAAAAACUAAAACUUGGAAAGGUAGGGUAGCUAAACAAUUUAGAAGAAUGCAUGGUCAAGCUGGUUCACCAUCAUCACCUACUGCACAAUUGCCACCUGAAGGAGCUACAUUUAAAGUUCCUCUUGAACUUUGUCCAUCGUCUUCCUUUUCGGAAUUUGUACCUCUUAUAGUUGAAAUGUGCACUAGUAUAGUGGAGGCACGUGGUCUUGAAGUUGUUGGAAUAUAUAGAGUGCCUGGAAAUACUGCUGCCAUUUCUCAACUUACUGAAAGUGUAAAUAAAGGAUUUGAGAACAUUAAUCUUCAGGACCCGAGAUGGAGCGAUGUGAAUGUGAUAUCUUCUUUACUCAAGUCUUUCUUCCGACAUUUACCAGAUUCACUAUUAACUGCAGAAUUAUAUCCCAUGUUCAUUGACGCAGAUAAAAUUGAAGAUCCACAAAGGAGAAUGGCAACUAUAAGGAAAUUACUAAGAGAUCUUCCAGAACAUCAUUUUGAAACACUCAAAUACUUAAUGUUGCACUUAAAGAAAAUUGUAGAACACAGUGAAGUUAAUAAGAUGGAAGCUAAAAAUUUAGCUAUUGUUUUCGGACCCACAUUGGUACGCGCGAGUGGUUCAAGAGAUAAUAUGGUUACGAUGGUCACUGAUAUGUCUCACCAAUGUAAAAUAGUCGAGAGCUUAUUAAAUAAUGUUGAUUGGUUCUUCUCAGAUGAAGAUCUCGAUGAUUUAAGUAGACUUAGCGUAAAUUUAAGUCUUCCAGCUGAUGGUUGUGAGGUUGAACCAACAUCUAAUACAAAUCAUAAUCUUCUUUUAAAUAAUAUACAAAAAGUCGAAGGCAUGCGUGAAAUGGUAUCAGCAAAGGACAUUGUAUCUUCAAUCAUAUCUGCAGCUAACCGGAAAAUUCAAAGAAGACGGAAAGGCCAGGACGAAGCAGAAAAUGAAGAACACGAUGAAGAGAAGGUUAAAAUGAAGCACGAAUCGGAGAGUUCACCGACGAUUCGACAAAGCAUGGCACUUAAUGAACGUCAAUGUUCUGUCAGUGAAAUUGUAUUGAUGCAUGAAAACAAAAGUCACCUCAAUCAUUCUAAUAAUUCUUCCGAGCCGGCUGAUCGAUCUUCAGCAACGAAUAAUAGUAGUCCAGUAAGUGCUUCGUCUUCUAGUCGAUCCAAAUAUUCGAAUCAACUUGUGCCUACUGUCUCUUCGAGUUCCGAAGUUUCGAGGCCUUUAAGCGAGGCUGGUUUGAGUUGCUUGGAUACAAAUUCGAUGACAUCAAACGCAUCCAAUGAGACUAAACAGAGUAAUGACGAGGUAGCUAUAAGAACGUAUGCUGGUCUGAGUGCAACAACACAAGAAAGAAUACGAAGGUUUGAACAGGAGACAAAGGCUAUGUUGCAGAGAGAUCAGCAUCGGCAGAAACGCGAAGCAGAGAAGCGAGAAGAGGAAAGACGAAGAAUAGAAAAGGAAUGGCAAUUGGCAAAACGAGAAAUGGAAAAUGACGAUCUUUUAGAUACUAUAGUAGACAGUACGAUGAUUCCUAAUUUUCUAUCCGAACGUCUCUCCAAUAUGAAUCAGAGGUUGGCAGAAAAAUCAUUAGCGGAUCUCCCUGAGAAACAUGUUCGAUCAAGAUCAACAACAAGAAUUACUCCGUUGUCAAUAGCUGUCCAACAACAACCUACGGCUCGACAGAAAGCACAAGCUAGUAAUCAACUUAGUAAUGUAUUAGGCGAGAAGAUAAAUAAUGGUGUUAUCAAAAAGUUUAAAACAGAUAAAGAGCCGUCUUUAGAAUCUAUUUGCCUACCGCCUAUUCGUUACGGCAGUUUGGAUUCGUUGCACGAAGUACACACGCUUCCUCAUUCUUCACCUUCGCCAUCGCAACAACGGAGAGGAAUUUCUGGAGAUAUCUCGGACGAUGCCGGAUCAUGUUUUCUACAUUGGACUCAGAAGAUUCUCACUAUUAACAAAAAGCUUUCUAGGCAUACAACAAGUCCGGGUUUUUGGUGCUACAUAUCGUCCCACCUACACGGUACCACAGGGUCCAGUGGCACCACCGCGAAGACAUCGGCCUCAUCAUCGUCUGAUCCAACAUCAACAAGCUUUAACAGUACCAGAUCAGCAUACGGAUCAUCAAUCUCAGGAACAGCAACAGCAACAACAACAACAGCAGCAGCAGCAACAGCAGUGCCAACAACAAACUCAAGAGCAACAACCCAGACAACCCUGUCCUACCUACCGAAACACCUUUCAGAGGUGCCAAGAGGGUCAGGCUCAGGACCCGAUGGGCCCUCCAAGACUUUAAACAGAUUUCUCCGAGGUAGUGAUUUAUUGACCAGUCUUACGACAACCUUUGAUCGUAAAUGGAAGUCACUCGUGAAUCCAUCAAGUCAAAUUAUUCAAAUGCCCGUAGAACCUGCAUCUAUCGACAAUAUUGAAAUUUCAGAUGAUCAAAAAAAGCAAAGGGUUGAGGACCUAUCCCAAAAGAAUCAGCAAACGGAAAAAGUUUACCGCGAUCCUAGUCUUCAUAGAUCAUCGAUCGAUAAAAAUCAUUUUCUUCGAGCAAAAGACGAGGCAUUAGAAAAAGAUACAGAUUCAACGGUUACCGAAGUACGCGAUACUGAUGCAAUGACUACGCCGGAUAACGAUCGAAAUGUAAUCAAAUUAGAAACGAAAAACGUUCUUAAUCAUUUGAAAGAAACUAUCGCGAUAACGGAUUCUAUUAAAAAAGAAGAUGAUAAAAAGAAAGAAGAUAUCGAUAUAGCUCAUGCUACUGCUACAAAAGAAGGAAAUGGAGCGUCAACUUUUCGCAAACCUAGUGAUAUGGAUAAUAAAACAGAAGAGAAAAAAAUUCAUGAUCGAGAACUCGAUUCAAAUUAUUCGAACAAAUUAGAAAAAUUCGAAAUAUUAACAAAUACCGAAGAGAGAUCACGAUUGAAGAGAUCCGAAUCAUUGAAUAAAAGAUCAGAAAAUACUUUUUCUAAAUUGAAAAGAUCCGAAAGUUUAAACAAACACUCUGAGAGAUUAGCUUCACCGACAAAUAGUAAAUUGAAACGUUCGGAAAGUUUGAACAAACAUUCCGACAGAUCCGAGUCGCCUAAUAGUAAGUUGAAGCGAUCGGAGUCUUUGACUAAAACGGAGAAAACUGAAUGUAACAUCAGUAAAAGACGACAAUCCGUUAGAAAGGACAGUGCUACGAAGUUGAAGAGGAAAAACGGGAUGCCAGAGAGAUCAAUUAAAAGAAGACACACGGUCGGUGGUACGAAGGACUUUGAUAAGGUUCACUGGCUUGAUAAUAAAUUACAAUCAGAAGCAGAAAGAGUUAUUAAAAAUGAUUACAAGCCAAAGAAAAGUCAACUGAGAACAAGUUCACCCGAUCUAAGUACUAAUCGCGUCAAUGUAGCAGACACUAGCUUUUUGAUCGAAGUCAGUUUUCGUGGUCCUAGUAACGUUGUUUUUAAUGUUACUAAUGCACGACCACAAUCCUUGCCAGACGCCAAUUUAGCAUCGAAAGUUUUUAAAGUACCUCUCGAAAGUCACGUCUAGAUACUUCUAUUCUAUUAAAGUAUUGCCUGCCAUCGCUUUCGAUUGAUAAUGCCACGUGUAAUUAAUCGCUAAACGAGCCAUAUCAAAUUCGAUAUCAGAUAUUGAUCAAAUAUUUUUGCAUAAACUCCGAAUCAUCUAAUAAUUAUCAAUUUGUUCAAAAUAUAUUGUAAAUGUUUUCAAAUUCACCGAAUGUAGGUAUUCCAAGUAUAUAAAAAAUUACUCAUGCGUGCCAAAGAAUUCUAAUAACAGUUUUUUAAAAAGUAAUCGAUAUUUAAUCAAUAUUUUUUAUUGCUUUUGUUCAAGGAACAAAAUUAAAAAUUUUAAUAAUUUUUAUAAAUUCAAAUUGAAUUCUUGAUUUUAGAUUUGUAUGUGCAUCACUUAUCGUUUGCGAAUGAAUGAAAUGCUAAUACGCUGACCAAAUCAUUUUAUCCUAAUAUUGUAUUAUGUUAUAUUAUAUAAAUUAUAUUAUGUUAUACUAUAUACUGUACUACAGCUGCAUUGAGUAUUAAUGCAGUAUGCAUAUAAUGAUAUUCCAUUGGUAAAGAAA